UAUUUCAAAACAAAAUAAGAAUUCGUCCGUAAAUGUAAAAAAUAAAGAAGAACAUGAAUAAUAUCAGAGUGAUAACUUUCAAACUAUUAAGAACUUAUGCUACGAAACCUGAUCGUGCUGGUAUACGGAAGAAAGCGUAUUUACUGAAGAAUAGUGGGACUGAUUUUGAGGAUAUCGAUCAUGAAGACGGGGGAAUGUACGAAACAGAUUUCAGAGACAUUACUAAAAGCUACGCAGAACGCAAAAGAGAAGAGCUAAUAGCAAAGGAACGUCUGCGACAACGUAUUGUAAAAUCUAAAGUUUUUAAAGACAGCCAGCCUAGAUUUCUUACAUACGUUGAAAAAGAGCAUAUAAAAAAGCUGCAUCAAAGUAAUCCAGAUGAGUGGACACCUGAAAGACUUAGUGAAAGUUUUCCAGCUUUACCAGAAACCAUAAGGAAAAUCUUGAAGGUGAACUGGGUACCAAAAACGGUGGAAGCUAUUGUUAAGUAUGAUGAGAAAGCCAUUGAGAAUUGGAAGAAUUUUAAAACUGGACGGUUAGCAUUGAAUCCUGCUUUAAAAGAACAUUUAAUGAAGUUUAAAGAUAGAAAAAUCAGUUUAAUUGACAGAGAAACGUUACUAGAAAAGUUUGUACCACCAAAGAUGGAGUUACCAGAACCUAAGAGUUCAUUUUUUAGAAGUAUCGUUAAGGACCCCACCGAUCUAAAGAAAAUUACAAGAGCUAGAUUGAUCUCUUCCGAGAAUACGAACACGGAUGACAAAAACAGGGUUAAAAGAAUUGAAGAAAAAUCUGUCGAUGUGCUAGACAAAAAGAUAUGCGAUAAACAUUUAGAUAGAGAAACAAACAACGCAAAGAAGUAUAACAGCCAAGGGAAGACACUGAGUUUCGAUGAAUUUCUGAAACAAAAGAUAAACAAUCUAAAUAAAACGACACCUGAGGAAAGGGAAACGUUGAUAGCAACUUAUAAGAAGCAGAUAGAAUCCACGAGUUUAAGUCCAAGUAUGUUAAACGAUAGUGCGAGGAAUGUUACUGUUGAAAAGAAAGACAAUGACGUUGCAAAGAAGAAUUCAUCCGAUACAAGUGAACUGGCUGUCAAGAAAACUAAUACGGAAUCGAAAAUAUUAGCAAAAGCAAAUGAAACGUGUUCCAGUUUAGAUACCCAUGUCAAAGAGCACAUUUCAUACAUGGAGACAGAUUAUAAUUACGUAAAUAGGAUAAGGAUUCCCAGAAAUGUAUAUAAGGCAGGCAUGACGUACAGGAUAAAGGACUGCUAUUACGAUGAUGACGGAGAAUUUUUGUACAGAGUACCAGGACUGAGAAGUUAACGGGACGUUUUUGAUACCUGAAGAUGCACAUAUGUGUAUACAUGUUUAGAACCUAUGUACAGUAGUUAUAGUCAAGAAUAAAAAUAUACUCGAGACAA